CCUUGCUCUCUCUCUCACUCCAUGCCACCUCCAUACACUGGGCUACCUCUAGGACUCUGGGAUUACUUCAUCUGUGUGUGGAGUUUCUUUUUUCCUCUCUCCUCACCUUCUUUUUUAAAUUAAUCUGUAAACGGAGGCACGUUGGGUGAUUGUUUUUAUUAAUCCCCCCACCCCUCCCCAACCUCCCACCACCAUCGAGCCAAAAAGGAUGCUGUUCUCGUAUUGGACUUGUUGCGUUGUGUGAGUGUGUGUGUGUGUGUGUGUGGCAAAAAAGGAGUGAGUGUGUGUAUGUGUCAGUGGACAAGUGUGUGGGUGUGCACUGGGAUUUUGGAUCUAAACACUACAGAUUUCCAGAGGAGGCUGGUGAUUGGUGACCCAGGUGAGGAGCUGGAUGAUAAUCUCAGUGUAGCAUAAGAAAAGAGAGAGCGGAAGAGUGUAUUAUGGAGAUCCGUUUUGGAUUUAGGAUCUCUCUGCUGCUCGCCAUCCUUGUCCUGACUCUUUCAGGAGAGAGAGUCAGUGGCCAGAGGGCAGGAUGUAAAAAUGUUCAAUACGACCUGGCCUUCAUCUUGGAUACGUCCUCCAGUGUGGGGAAGGAGAACUUCGAGAAGAUCCGCCAGUGGGUCUCCAGCCUGGUAGAGUCCUUCGACGUGGCUCCGGACAAGACCCGUGUAGCUGUGGUGCGCUACAGCGAUCGUCCCACCAUCGAGUUUAAACUGGACCGCUAUCGCACCCUGGACGAGGUCAAGCGGGCCGCCCGGAACAUCGUCUACCGCGGAGGGAACACCAUGACCGGCGAAGCCAUCAGCUACACCACCAAAAACAUCUUCACGGAGAGCGCAGGAGCCAGGCCGCUAUCUAGGGACACCAAGCGAGUAGCCAUCUUGCUCACGGAUGGCCGGAGUCAGGAUUACGUGCUGGAGCCGUCCAGAGAGGCCAGCAAGGCUGGCAUCAGGAUGUUCGCCGUGGGCAUCGGGGAAGCGCUCAAAGUAGAGCUGGAAGAGAUUGCAGCUGAGCCCAAGAACGCGCACGUGUUCCAGGUGGCCGACUUUAACGCUAUUGAUACCAUCAGGGGACGACUGAGGAAAAGCCUCUGCGAAAAUGUUCUGUGCCCAAACAUGAAGGUUCGGCCAGACCGGUUCAAACCCAACAGUCCCAGUGCAGGCCUGGAGGAGGUCCCAGGAUUUGACCUGAUGGAUUACUUCAAUGUGAAAGAUAUUUUGGGCACAAGGGAAGAGCCUGGACAAAGUUCUUAUGUGCGCCUGGGGACAAUGCCCAUAGUCCAGCAGACUGAGGAUGUUUUUGCCCAGGGCUUGCCAGAUGAAUAUGCCUUUGUGACAACAUUUAAAUUCAGGAAACUCUCCAGAAGAGAAGACUGGUACCUCUGGCAAAUCUAUGACAAGUAUGGGAUUCCACAGGUGUCCAUUCGUCUGGAUGGAGAGAACAAGGCAGUGGAGUACAAUGCGGUCGGCCUGACCAAAGACGCGGUCAGGGCGGUCUUUAAGAACGAGGAGGUAGACAACCUGUUUGACCGCAACUGGCACAAGAUCGCCCUGAGCGUCGGGGCCAAAAACGUCUCCCUGUAUCUGGACUGCAAACUCAUCCAGACGAUCCCCAUUGAGGAGCGAGAGGACAUUGACGUAAAGGGGAAGACGGUCAUUGGAAAGAGACUGUACGACAGCGUCCCUAUUGAUUUUGACCUCCAGAGGAUGGUGAUCUACUGUGACUCCAAACAAGCUGAGUUGGAAACCUGCUGUGAUAUUCCUGGUGGCCCGUGUCCUAAGCAGGUGGUGACGGAAGCACCCCCUGUUGCCAUACCCACACCCAGUCCCACGGUAGUGGAGCAGCAAAGUGGCAAAGAGACAGUCAACUGCUCUUGCCCUGCGGGGCAAAAGGGAGACAUAGGUCCAGCUGGUAUCCAGGGUGCCAAGGGUGAAAAGGGUGACCUUGGUAUUAAAGGCUCAGGAGGAUCUCAGGGCCUCAAAGGACAAAAAGGAGAAGCUGGCAAAGCCACCUCUAUUAAAGGUGAUAGAGGUCUCAAGGGAGACCCGGGUCUUAAGGGGGAGUCUGGAGAGAGAGGAAUCAAAGGAGAGAAGGGCACACCAGGGCUUCCAGGCCUUGCAGGCGAAUCAGGAGACAAAGGAGAAAGAGGGGAACCUGGAGCAUUAGGGGGCUUGGGCUUGCCUGGACCUCUCGGACCAAAGGGUCUUCAGGGGGAUGCUGGCCUGCCAGGCACGUCCGGGCCUAAAGGGGUCUCUGGUGAUCCUGGCAAGAAGGGAGAGAAAGGAGCACCUGGAGCCAGGGGCCAGUCUGGUCUAGAUGGAUUUCCAGGCAAGCCAGGAGUUCCAGGAAAAGACGGUCAGAAAGGAACCGGGGGACUUCCUGGGCCUAAUGGAGUCAAAGGAGAGAAGGGAGAGAGAGGGCCAGCCGGACUACCUGGGGAUGUGUAUCAACAAGAAGGUCUGAAAGGAGCGACUGGGACCCCUGGUCCACCUGGGCCCCCAGGGGCCGAAGGACCCCCGGGCCCACCCGGUCCACCUGGUGCCAGAGGGUUUCCAGGAGAGCCCGGAGAGUUUGGUCAAAGGGGUAAAAAAGGAGAAAGUGGCUUGCCUGGUGUUGAUGGACUUCCUGGACCCCCUGGUCCUUCGGGUCCUUUGGGUCCCCCGGGCCCACAGGGUUCACAGGGUGCACAGGGUCCACCUGGAAACCCUGGCAACAAUGGGCAGACUGGCCCUCCUGGACUUCCUGGUGAAAUUGGCUUUUCUGGCAAACCGGGGGAGCCUGGCAAACCUGGUCUGCCGGGCAAAGAUGGUCUGGACGGUUUCCCUGGCAACGACGGAGCCAAGGGACCAAGAGGAGAGUCUGGCCUUGAUGGGGUUCCAGGCAAGUCAGGGCCCAAGGGUGAUGACGGACCUCCUGGGCCACGUGGACCUCCAGGGGACAGAGGAGAGGCAGGUUCUCCUGGGCAGUUAGGUCCAAUGGGUCCAAGAGGAGAGAAAGGACCAGCGGGUGACAGAGGAAAGGAUGGCUCAGUUGGACCAAAGGGUGAUCGAGGUGACACGGGUGCCGUGGGGCCUCAAGGAGUGCCCGGACUGCCAGGAGACGUGGCCAAUGUCAUCCCUCAACCUGGUGAGCCAGGUCAGCCUGGAGAGAGAGGAGCAAAGGGAGAGCCAGGAAGUCCUGGAGAACCUGGUCAAAGAGGACUUCCUGGUGAGCAAGGUUUCAAAGGACAGCCUGGGCCUGCAGGCCCUAAAGGAGAGUCAGGACCUAAAGGAGAGACUGGGAGAGUAGGAGAUCCAGGCCCACCAGGAUUGCAAGGAGCCCAGGGUCUCCGUGGCCUUCCAGGCAAUGUGGGAAUUCCUGGUAGCAUUGGACCACCUGGUAUUUCUGGACCAAGAGGAGAGAAGGGAGAAACUGGCAAAGAGGGACCCUCUGGCCCCCCUGGUCAGGCUGGACCACCAGGGCUGUCGGGAGAGACCGGACCACCAGGGAAAGGCAAGGACGGACAGAGGGGUGAGCCAGGAUCGCAGGGACCACAAGGACCUCCAGGAUUGAAGGGUCAGCCUGGGUCUCCAGGACUGCAAGGCAUGCCAGGAGCCAGAGGACCACCAGGAGAGGGCAAAGUCGGACCACCGGGACAACCUGGCCCUGCUGGUGAGAGGGGACAACAGGGGAAUCCAGGACCAACAGGUGUGGCUGGGCCUCAGGGUCCUACUGGACACAAUGGGUUACCUGGAAGACCAGGUGAAAAAGGAUCCCAAGGAGAGCCUGGAAAAGCAGCAGAUCUAUCUGACCUGAACCUGAAAGACAUCUGCUCUGACUGCCCGGCCGGUCCUGCUGGGCCCCCGGGCAUCCCCGGCCUGCCUGGCGAUAAAGGCUUGGAGGGACCUCCAGGCAAAAACGGCCAGGACGGCUACCAGGGUCAGCCAGGACCAACAGGUCCAGCUGGACCACCAGGACAGGAGGGCGCAAAGGGUGGCAAAGGUGACCGAGGGCCUGCUGGUGCACCUGGAGAAAAAGGUGAAAAGGGACCAGCAGGACCUCCCGGAUACCCAGGAAGUGCUGGUCUGAUGGGUCCACCUGGUACUGAUGGAAACCCCGGCCUCGCUGGCCCUGUGGGGCCCCCUGGUGAGAAGGGAAAAGAAGGAUCAAAGGGAAUCCAGGGACCUCCAGGUCUUCCAGGGUUAAUGGGGCCGCCUGGCAAACAAGGAAAAGAUGGCCACGCAGGAGAGCCUGGGGAAUCUGGUAAACAAGGAGAGCCGGGGCCGCCGGGCCGAGAUGGACUCCGAGGACUUCCUGGAUUUAAGGGCCAUAGAGGCGAACCAGGACCACCAGGAUCAAAGGGAGAAGACGGAAAGGCGGGUAACCCAGGGCGAGAAGGCCAACCUGGAAAAGAUGGAGGCACAGGACCUCCAGGACCAGAGGGCCCCAACGGGAUUAGAGGAGAGCGGGGUUCACCAGGAGAGCCAGGACCAUCAGGAAAGUCGGGAACUCCAGGCACUCCUGGUCUUGCUGGCGCUAAGGGAGAGAAUGGAAACCCAGGAUUGCCUGGAUUCCCUGGUCCCAAAGGGCCCUCAGGUCCUCGCGGUCCCAUGGGUCAAGAGGGGAAACAGGGAAUGCCAGGGAAGGCUGGCGACCGUGGAACUAAGGGUGACAAGGGUGACUCGGGAAUCAAGGGUGACAAAGGCCCCACUGGUGACCCUGGAGUGCCAGGGUCCCCCGGAGCUCCUGGUAGGAAAGGCCACACGGGCAUGAUGGGAAUGUCAGGUCCUCCAGGUGAGCCAGGAUCAAUUGGUCCUCCAGGAAACCCAGGACAGAAUGGAAUGCCUGGAGCUCGGGGAGAGUCACCAUCAAUUGAAACGAUGCGAAGACUCAUUCAAGAGGAGCUAGCGAAACAGUUGGAGGUCAAGAUGGCCUACCUCAUGGCACAGCUGCAGCCCACCCCUGUGAAGAGUGCAGCUGGCAGACCCGGGCCUCCAGGACCUCCGGGUAAAGAUGGCAACCCUGGCAGAGCUGGUUCCCCAGGAGAGCCUGGUAUGCCCGGCCAGCAGGGAGGCGAUGGACCACGAGGACCCAUGGGCCCUAAAGGUGAACGAGGAUCCAAGGGUGACCGAGGAGAGGACGGUGUUGGUCAGCGAGGCGAGCAGGGUCCUACUGGUCCCAUAGGUCCUGCUGGUCCACCGGGUUACGGCAAAGACGGGCUUCCAGGAGCAGCAGGAUCCCAGGGAGAACCGGGCCACCCCGGACCUCACGGCCAGCCAGGUCCCUCAGGACCGCCAGGCCAGUGUGAUCCCUCACAGUGUGCCUUCUAUGCCAGCCUGGCGUCAAGACCCAAAAACGUCAAAGGGAAUUAAGGGGUGGACGUCUUAGCCCCCCCUCCACCCUAGGAGAGCAACCUACCAAUGAACUCAGUGUUGCAGUGAACCAAGAACUUUUCCUAUUGAGAUUUGUAACAUUAACCUCAGCCUGGGAGGUUUGGAAGGAUGUGUGCUGCCGGUCAGAAUAUCUGUGUUUUGUUAUUUGUUUGUCGUCUUUUUUGUGUAUUGUUUAUUUGUUUGUCUGUGUGUUUGGUUGAGUGGAUGAGUUUAAGGGGAAUAUGCAAGAGAGGCUCAGACAUCAUCUUUAUUUUUAAUCAGGGAACGAUUCAUCUCAACUAAUCAGGGUGAGUUUAAAGCCUUUUUAGCUGUCAAACGUAGCGACAUGUGAGAAGCAACCUUUUUUUUGCAGUGGUUGCCUAAGCAUGCCGUAAUAAACAGCAACCAUCUCAUAGUUUACACACCUCUCAUUCUGCCUCUACUCCUUCCCAGGAAUGGGGUCAGCACAGGUCAUCAAUCAGUACUUGCGAAAAAUUGAUCCAUUGUUUAGAAGGCGAGUGGGCAGGCGGGUGUGUGUGUGUUCUUUUGGAGUCAGCUGGUAAUUAUCUAGUCUGGGGACCUAUCUACUAGAUUUUUCUUAUUGAUGGUUGGCCAGUCUGCAGGGAAAACUGUAGGAGAAAACCUGUUUCACUUAUCGACAGCCAGCCGCUGGCAAGAUCAUUAGUGAUCCCGCCAUGCGCUAGUGUAGUGCUCUUUCUGAGCGUUCUCGCUUGGCCCCUCUUGUUUGCCUCUUCUAGGUUGCCAUUUCAUUUCCGAGUUGCCUUCUGUCUGGUAUUUACUAAUGACUAUCAAUCUCUGCUUGAUAAAUGAAGAAAAUCAAUACUUUAUCAGAAACACUUACAGCCCUAUCAUCAUAACACUAAAUGUUUCUUCAUUUGUGUCACCCGACAUGGCAUGAAGACACAUUAGCGGUGAAAUCUUGCAUCAUCAAUAAACGCUGAGUGCCGAUACAAAUGAGAAGAGCAUUCGAACGCAGAAGGAAGACAAAUAUCCACAGAGUUAAGAUGAGUCAAUAACUCAAUGUUUGUCGACUGAGUGAUGUUUGUUGGAGAAAUUAAAAGAAAUGAAAAGUACAGUGGCACUAAAGUGUGGCUCCAGGAAGCUGAUCAUUAUCACGGCCCCUGCUUCCCCCCGUAGCAACACUUUCACGACUCUUCCCAAAGUUUGCAGUUCAUUUCAAGCCUCAUUUCCUCCAGAGUCUCACUCACCCAUCAGUUGUGGAGUGGUUUGCUAUUUCUUCUCCCGUGAGAAUUGACUUUUUUU